GCCAUUUAUUUUGUAACCCAGAUUUAUAUAUCAACCAAAGUCUAAAAUUAUAUUCACGGUGCGGCACUUCCUGCCGCCGGUGGUUCCAUUAGCAGAAAGUACUGAUACCCAGAAUCCCAUAUUUCUUUUCCUUAAACAAAUGCUAAAAAAGAUUUAUGCUUUCACCAUCUUAUUAUAGAUAUGGGAUUUUGAUGCGAAGUGAGGAAAGAAGUUGCGUGCAUCUAAAAUGAGUGUUAAUACAGGAAGAUCCUGAAAACAUGUUGUGUAGAAAAGGUUCGAGGAACAACGACACGGGGACAGUGCCGGUGUACCUUAAUGUGUACGAUCUGACACCAAUUAAUGGGUAUGCUUACUGGGUUGGCCUCGGAGUUUACCAUUCUGGGGUACAAGUCCACGGUGUUGAGUAUGCAUUUGGAGCUCAUGAGUAUCCAACGACUGGGAUUUUUGAAGGGGAGCCAAAACAAUGUGAUGGAUUUACAUUUAGGAAGACAAUUUUGAUUGGAAAAACUGAUAUGGGGCCAGGGGAGGUGAGAGCAGUCAUGGAGGAGGAACUGGCAGGGGAGUACAGAGGGAACGCAUACAAUUUGAUUACCAAAAACUGCAACCAUUUUUGCAAUGAUGCUUGCAUUAGACUCACUGGAAAUCCAAUCCCAAGUUGGGUUAAUCGGCUUGCUAGAAUCGGAUUUCUUUGCAAUUGUGUUCUUCCAGUGACUUUAAAUUCAACUAAAGUUGGGCAUCACAGAAUCGAAGAUAAGUCAUGUGAAGAAGAAAAGAAGAAAAUCACAAGCGACUCAAAAAGAGUCACUUCUAACUCUUCUUCCUCUUCAUCAUCUUCUCCUUCUAGCACUUCAAUCCGCAGGGGUAGAAGCAGAAGCAGACGUGCUCUUCCUCCAACUUCGCCUUUGAUUCUCAGUUCUUCAUCUUGAUGGUCAAUAUUUGGAGAUCAAUUUUUAAUUUAAAAAAAAAAAAACUCUACAAAAUGAGGCAAAAUCAAAAUUUAAUUUUUUUGGUCAUUCUUUUCAUGGGGUCAUAUAAUGCCAACAUCUUCUUGUGAUAUGCAACAAAACACCUGAACAGGUGUAUGCUUUUCUUCUU